AGACAUCAUUGGUGUCUUGACUAGUGUUGGAAGUGAGAGGGAACUUGAGAGGAAUGGAAACAUGACAAAGCUCAAUGUCAUUGAACUUGAGGCUGGAGGGUUCAAGAUUCAAUGUACUUUUUUUGGAAGUUAUGUAGAUGAUCUCAACAGCUUUAUAGCAAGUGGAGAUAUCCAAAAUGCUAUGGUGAUCAUCCAACUUGCUAAAGCAAAAAGCUUCCAAGGUUAUGACUAUUCAUAACUUGCUCCCCUCUUAUAUUGUGUCCUUUCUUUACUUUAUGAAAAGUCUACUUAAUUAAUUCCUAUAUAUUCCUUUAGAUAAAUUACAUAUUCAGACAUGUAUUGGUUGCACCAAAGUUAUUUUCAAGCCUACAUGUGAUGCUGCUGUUAGCAUGAGGAAUAGGCUGAGUGAGACUGUUGAUACCCCAUCCCCACUUGGUUUAACCCAGCUGCAACCAGAAGCAAAACUUGACCCUAGAGAAGAGUUUUUGUAUGGAACACCAAGGAACACUAUGCAGGGGCUCAAAGAUGCUACCACAAAUGAAGUUUAUGUUGUGCUUGGAACCAUUAAGAGAAUAGUUAAUAGGGAAAUUUUUUGAUAUACUGCAUGUGUAUGCUCUAAGGGUGUCAUACGUGAUUCUCAAAUGUUCUAUUGUGAGAAGUGUGAUAGGCAUGUGAAGAAAGUAUUCUCUAGGUACUGUUUGAGGGUGAGAGCAAUUGAUCAUACAGAUUGUGCUACCUUAGUAAUUUUUGACAAAGAAGCAACUACACUUUUUAACAAGAGCUGUGUUGACAUGCUAGCUGAACAUGGAGUGGCUAUUUCUAAGGGUCAUCUACCACCUGAAAUUGUUGGAAUCAUUGGCAAAACUUUCCUCUUCAAGGUAGAGACCAAAGUUGGUCAAAGCCCCAGAUUUGAGCAAUCAUUCAGGGUGACGAAGAUUUGCCACGUGCUGGAUGUUAUCAAUGAGUUCAAGAAGAAAUGGGGUGAAGAAGAAGCUGCCUUCUUCAAAAACGCAAUGGAAGCAUCUUCUUUAAGUGUUUUGUUGAACAAGGGGAAAGCUCCCAUGAUUGCUGGCUCUUCUGAUGUGUUGAAUCAAGAUGAUUUUUCAUUGACUGAACCUGUUGAGAAGUGUAAGGAAAUGUUGUUGGGGGAGGGUUCUGGCGUUGUCACACAGGAUCUUCUGCCUAAGUUUGCAGUUGCAGAUUGUGAGUCUGAUGUGGUUGAGAUAAGUCAGAAAGGUUAUGCUGCAUCUAGCAAGAGGGGAUCUCCCACUAUGGAUGAUGAUGAGAUGAACAUGCCUCUCAAGAUGUUGAGGAAAACUGUCAAGAUUGAAAAGCCUUAAAAUGCACCUACUGAGAUUCUAUUUAAUUAUGUCUUAAAUUGAUGAACUUAUUUACCAUUAUCACUGUCAGUCUCAUAUGAGCUCAAUUUGUAUAAUUUGUUUUGAGAACUGUAAUAUUUUGCUGCUAAGUUUAUGACUGAUUUGUUGUUUAUCAGUUUAUUUUGCUACCUUAUCAGGUCUGUAAUAUGUUGAUCUCAGCACAUUAUUAAGUAAUCUAAUUUCAUUAUGUUAA